GCAGUUGCUUUAAUCCCUUCUCCAGAGUCACCUUUCAGUAAAGCUUGAAACUUUGAGGCUUGAGCCCUUGAGUUGAGGGGUAGGAAGGAAGGGAGAUGAUUCUCAGUCAGUUGCAGAGCUCCCAGUCAUGGGUGUUCUUCCCUCCGCGCGUUCAGAAGCUAAGUCGAAUUCCUCCCUCAAAAGGGGAUUCAGUUUCUUGUCACUUUUUGUGGGCCAAGUCUUCUUAUCUUGAUGCAUAUGGUUUGACGAGACACUGCAGAGGGAUGCAGAGGUACAUUAGUUAAGAUGGUUCAAAACUUCCUUCCACCUGCUGUUCUGACUUCUGGGUCUACAAGCCUACCUUUUGCUUGCAUAUCCAAUUCCAUGAAUAAACCUACACCGCUUAAGUUGGAUGUUUCCUUACCUUCGUUUCAUGAUAUCCAAUGGAACUUUGCACGGCUACUGUAUUUAUUCAAUAUUCAACUAGAGAAAAAUAUUGCAACGUUCCUUGUGGUUCUUCUUGUAGUAUGCUUCUCAUUUGUUAUUAUUGGUGGUUUCCUGUUCUACAAGUUUAGAACAACAUGCAAAGACUUAGGGAAGGGGCACAAAUGCAAGUUUUGGAGACUGAUCAUAUCAUCAUCUGUGGAGUUAACAGUCAUCUGUCUUUCAUACUGAAGCAGCUAAACAAAUACCAUGAAUUUGCUGUCCGCUUAGGUACUGCUACAGCUAGGAGGCAGAGAAUUCUUCUUAUGUCUGAUCUUCCAAGGAAGCAGAUGGACAAGAUAGCUGACAAUAUUGCUAGAGAUCUUGACCAUAUUGAUAUCCUUAGCAAGAGUUGCAGCCUUAGUUUAACAAAAUCAUUUGAAAGAGCAGCAGCCAAUAAGGCUCGUGCCAUUAUCAUACUGCCCACAAAUGGGGAUCGGUAUGAAGUUGACACUGAUGCAUUUCUCUCUGUACUGGCCCUUCAACCUAUUCCUAACAUGGAAUCUGUCCCCACCAUUGUAGAGGUUUCAAGUUCUGAUACAUGUGAGCUCUUGAAGUCAAUCUCUGGAUUGAAAGUAGAGCCAGUUGAAAAUGUUGCUUCCAAAUUGUUUGUUCAAUGUUCGCGGCAAAAGGGACUCAUAAAGAUCUACAGGCACUUGCUUAACUAUCGAAAAAAUGUAUUUAAUCUUUGCAGUUUUCCUAAUCUAGCGGGAAUGAAGUAUAGGCAAAUAAGACACAAGUUUCAAAAGGCAGUUGUUUGUGGCCUUUACCGUGAUGGGAAGAUAUGCUUCCACCCAAAUGAUGAUGAAAUUCUGCAGCAGACUGACAAAAUAUUGUUUAUUGCACCUGUUCAUGGCCAUGGCACAAAAAAGCAACCUUCACUUUCAGAUGUUGUUAAUGAAGGAAGAAGUGUCAUUCAAGGUCCAGAAGUUUUAGAAAAUAAUGUUGCUGACCCUACAAAUCAGGCUUUAGAAUUAAGAAAAGCACGACUAAUAAAUAUUGUCCAGCGCCCAUUCAAGUCGGGAUCUAAGGCAUCGGACGGGAGUGUAGGACCCAGAGAAUGCAUACUUCUGCUUGGGUGGCGCCCAGAUGUUAUUCAAAUGAUUGAAGAGUACGAUAAUUAUCUUGGCCCUGGGAGUGUGGUGGAAAUAUUAUCAGAUGUCCCGUUAGAUGAUAGGAAAAGAGCAAGCAUUGUUGCUGGUCAAGGAAAACUCAAAAACGUUAAGGUUUCCAAUAAGGUUGGAAAUCCACUGAACUAUGAUACCUUGAAAGAAACUAUAAUACAUAUUCAAAAUUCUUUCAGGAAAAACGAAGAUAUUCCUUUGUCUAUUGCUGUAAUUUCUGAUAGGGAAUGGCUUCAUGGAGAUGCAUGCAGGGCUGACAGGCAGGCAGCCUAUUCUCUUCUCCUCGCCGAAAAUAUCUGCAAUAAACUUGAAGUGAAGGUACAAAAUUUGGUCGCAGAGAUUGUCGACUCAAAAUUGGGAAAACAAAUUGCAAGAAUCAAGCCGUCCAUCACUUACAUAGCAGCCGAGGAAGUGAUGAGCCUUGUGACAGCUCAAGUGGUGGAGAACCGUGAGUUGAAUGAGGUGUGGAAAGACAUUUUGAAUGCAGAGGGUGAUGAAAUAUAUGUCAAGGAUAUUAGCCUGUACAUGAUAGAGGGAGAGACUCCAUCAUUCUCAGAGUUAACUGAGAGGGCACUUUUACGUCGAGAAGUCGCCAUAGGUUAUAUGAAGGACAACAAAAAGGUUAUUAACCCAAUUCCAAAGACAGAACCGCUAUCACUUGCAUUAACAGAUUCACUCAUCGUUAUAUCUGAGCUUGAAGGAGAGCAACCCAUUGUCGUCGAAAAUGUGUACAGCUCGGAUCUUUCUUCUGCCUGAUUCUUCUUCAGUUUCAUUUUUUAGGACAUUAGGUUUCAUUUCCAUGAAUUUUUAACUGGAUUAGCAGCAUAGUCUAAAAGAAAAGAAAAGAAAAAAAAAAUCAAUGAGUUCGUAUGAAAAUUAGGAAGAUUCUGGACUCUGUCAUGUGACAUUAUAAAAAAAAAGAAAAAAGAGAGGAGAGAAUAAAUUGGAAAAUGGAUGGUGAUCCGUGAUCCUCUCUGUGCUGCAAAACCUUUCCUCAUGUGUAAGUUACAUUUGAAUCUUAAUUUAGUUAAAUAUCAUUUUUCA